AUGCGCGUCGGCGGUACAGUAUGUGCUGCCUUGCUGCGACCUGCUGACGCCGUUGACGCGCGGGAAUGCGCUGCACAUUCCGCCGACACUGCACAUUCCGCCCACGCUGCACAUUCCGCCGACGCUGCACAUUCCGCCGACGCUGCACACUCCGACGACGCUGCACAUUCCGCUGACGCUGCACAUUCCGCCGACGCUGCACAUUCCGCCGACGCUGCACAUUCCGCCGACGCUGCACAUUCCGCCGACGCUGCACAUUCCGCCGACGCUGCACAUUCCGCCGACGCUGCGCAUUCCGCCGACGCUGCACAUUCCGCCGACGCUUCGUAUUCCGCCGACGCUGCGCAUUCCGCCGACGCUGCACAAUCCGCCGACACAGCAGAUUCCGCCGAUGCUGCAGGUUGCGAUGCUGGAGUCUAA